GGGGUGGCAACACCAUGGAAAAAUAAAUAACAACAACAAACAAGUUGCUGUCGGAUGACAGACCAACCAAGUAGCCAAGUAAGGUUAGAAAAAAUGUUAAAAAGUUAUUCAAAUUGACUGUGCCAACAAAAUCUAAAAAUGAAGAAUCGCAUGGAUUCCUUGGUGGAACUAGAAAAUUCGAAAUUGAAACCAAGAUUCAACUUGUCUGGUUCAUCCUCAUCCAUUUCACCAGUCCUCAGAAGUCCUAUUUUGUCACCAUCAGAUCACCUUGCUUCUGAUGAUCAUAUAAUUUAUCACCAAGAUGAUUUAUUUCUCCAAGGAUUUCCAAUCAUGGAGGAAAUUAGGAGACUUGGAAAGCUGUGUGAUGUCACUUUGAAGGUGGAUAACCAAUCCUUUAGUGCCCAUAGAAUAGUGCUUGCAGCAAAUAUCCCUUAUUUUUAUGCUAUGUUCACAAAUGAUAUGGUUGAAAGUACCCAAAGGGACAUAACUAUUCAUGGCAUAGAGGCAUUAGCAUUAGAAGCACUUGUGAACUUUGCAUAUUCAGGGCUAAUUACUAUUGAUGUGAACAACGUGCAGUCCCUUAUGGUUGGUGCUUCGUUUCUGCAGCUCACUCAAGUUCGUAAUGCUUGUGCUGAAUUUCUGAAAAAGAGGUUUCAUCCGCAAAAUGUGCUAGGUAUUCGGUCAUUUGCUGAUACUUUGGGUUGUACUCCACUUGUGGAGUCUGCUGAUAAAUAUCUUCAGCAGUACUUUCAAGAUGUAUCUAGUUCAGAUGAAUUUUUCUCACUUAGCUUUAAAGAGCUAACAGACAUUAUCCACAGAGAUGAACUACAUGUGACAUCAGAGGAACAGGUUUUUGAAGCCGUCAUGAAUUGGAUGAACAGAGAUCCUGAAUUGCGGAAAAAAGAUUUGCCUCCACUCUUGGGCAAAGUCCGUCUACCCCUCCUGUCUCCUCAUUAUUUAGCUGAUAGAGUUGCUACAGAAGAGUUAAUACGUACAUCACAUGAGUGCCGUGAUUUGUUAGAUGAGGCUAGAGAUUACCAUUUGAUGCCUGAAAGAAGGCCAUUACUUCAGUCAUUCCGGACUCGACCACGGUGUUGUAAUUUUAUCAUAGGCCAUAUAUUUGCUGUAGGUGGCUUAACAAAAUCAGGUGAUUCCUUAAGCACUGUAGAGGUUUUCGAUCCGUUGGUCGGACGAUGGCAGAUGGCUGAAGCAAUGACUAUGUUACGUAGUCGAGUUGGUGUUGCAGUGAUGCGCAAUAGGUUGUAUGCGUUUGGUGGAUACAAUGGCACUGAAAGGCUCUCUACUGUAGAAGUUUUUAAUCCUGUGGAAAGAGUAUGGAGCAGAGUUUCUCCGAUGCAUUGUAAACGCAGUGCUGUUGGGGCUGCUGCUUUAAAUGACAGACUUUAUGUGUGUGGUGGUUACGAUGGAAUAACUUCCUUAAACACAGUAGAAUGUUAUCAACCUGACAAAGAUGAAUGGACUCUAAUUGCGUCCAUGGUUAAACAUCGCAGUGCUGGUGGAGUUGUUGCGUUUGAAGGGUAUAUUUAUGCACUAGGUGGUCAUGAUGGACUAUCAAUCUUUGAUUCUGUGGAAAGGUAUGAUCCACUAACUCAACGAUGGACAACUGUCAAACCCAUGUUGAGCCGCCGCUGUCGACUCGGCGUUGCUACCUUGAAUGGCAAAAUCUAUGUGUGUGGGGGCUAUGAUGGUUCUGUCUUCCUCCAAACAGUAGAAAUGUUUGAUCCAGCAACUAACGAGUGGAAAUUUGUGGCUCCUAUGAAUGUGAUGAGAAGUAGAGUUGCUCUUGUUGCCAACAUGGGAAAGCUGUGGGCAAUUGGUGGUUAUGAUGGUAACUCCAAUUUGUCUACAGUUGAGGUUUAUGACCCUCAGUCUAACACUUGGUCAUUUGUUGCAUCCAUGUGUGCUCAUGAAGGGGGUGUAGGAGUUGGCGUUAUUCCUAUUUGUAAGCCACCAGAUUAAAUGUUACAGAAAAAAGACAUCUUGCCAUGCUUUUUCAAGCUUCAACAAGGAUCUCUAAUCUGAAUCAAGAAAUUAUCUACCAGUGCUCAUGCAUGCUUGCCAUUAUUAGAAAUUUAUAAGGACAAAUAUUUUAUUUGUGUAAAACUCAAUGAAAUGUGAAAACGUGUACCUCCAUGAUUGCUGGAAUGAGGUAAUGAUUUUUCAUUAUGUUAGGAGGAGUACUUUACAAGGCCCUAUUAGCUCUCUACAAGUGAAAAGUUGGGAAUUCACAACUAACAACAGAAUAAAAACAGAUACCUCUGAUAAAAAUGUGGACAGUUUUGCAGUUCAAAUUGGGAAACAUUUAUUAAUGGUCUGUUUUCUAACUUUUGCAUGUUUUAAUUUUUUUUUACAUUUAGCAAAGAAACACACAAUGGUGCACAAGCCUUCAUUGUAGCAGUUUUACUUUUUACUUGGAUAAAGAUUACUUAUCCAAUCAAUUUUAAGACACCAUCAGUACUUUAAUCUUUUGCACCAUAAAGUUAGAACUUUUACCUGACAUCAUAGAGAAAAACGGUGUUUUUGUAUGCAUUCCCAAAUUUUAUCAAUUUACUUUUAAAAAUGUACAAUUAUUCACCCUCACUGUUUCACUUAUCUUUAAGUUCCCUUUUACUAGUGUUUAUUUCUCUCUAUUAUUUAUUGAUAUGGGUCGAUAUUGAAUUUUACGCAGAUGUUCUGACAAAUGUAAUUUUUAUGCACUGUGAUUUUAUGAUGUACUUGUUCUAUGUAGCUACUGACAAAACAAGAGUUUAGUCUAGUUCAUUUUUCAGUUCCUGGAGAAUGUGCCCAUGGAUUACAAAAACAAAUAUUUUUGAAAUAUAUUUUAGGAAUCUAUCUAGUCCCAAA